AUGGCUGAGAUUGAAGCAAAAAAGAAGCAUAGAAAAGUGCUGAGAACAAGUUUUACAAAAGCGGGCAAUCGUUUGUACUCUUUGUUUAAAAGAAGUGAGCCCGAUUUUGAUGCAAUUGAAACAGAUUGGACGUGUUUUGAAUUGAAGUAUACUGAACUACAGGUAGCAGACAAUGAGAUUUAUAGUGAAAUGUUGGUUGAAGCCACUGAAGAGAACCUUCUUGCUGAGAGGGAAGACUGCGAUGGAUACAAAAUGAGGUUUACAGAGUUACACAUGUUAUUUAAAAGGCUGGUAAAUGCUCGUAAUGAAGUGAAAGUGGUUGAUGACUCUGGUAACUCAGUAAGUUCAGAAGAAGAAUUAAAAGCAACUGUUGAAGGCAGUAGGGCUCGACAACUUGUUACAAGUUUUCCUAUGGUAGCUGAUAAUUAUCAAAAGAUUAUAGAGUGCAUGCAGGCUAGGUUUGGCAGGGAGGAUCUUCAAAUAGAAAUUUAUGUUAGAGAGUUACUUAAGUUAGUUUUAGAAAACUCUAUGGCUACUCAAAAGUUAGAAUUAUCUCUGUUAUAUGACAGCAUUGAAACACAGUUGAGAGCUUUAGAUACUUUAGGGAUAACCUCGGAUAAAUAUGCCGCAAUAUUGUAUCCAUUGAUUGAAUCCUGUUUGCCACAGGAUAUUUUGAGAAUUUGGCAGAGAUCUAGUUUUUGCAAUACAGCAAGCUCGGCUGAUCGUAAUUUAGGAUCAAAUCUUUCUUUGAAUUCUAAUAUGAAUAAAGACACAACUUUGGAAUUGAAACUAGUCAACCUUAUGAGUUUUUUGAGAUCUGAGGUAGAAAAUGAACAAAAAAUAUCUUUAGCUAGCGAUGGUUUUGGUUUAGCACAGAAUUUUAGUAACUUAACUUUGAAAUCUGAUAGCGAACAUGUUCGUAAACGCAAUGUCAAGAGGGAACCUUUAUUUUACACUGCUGCUGGUUUGUUAAAUAGUACAGAUGUUGUCAAAUGUUUGUUUUGUGAUGGAGCACAUGAGAGCACUUCUUGUUUUAAGGCACAGAAAAUGAAUCUAGAAGAAAAGAAAAAUUGUUUGUCUAAACAUAAGGCAUGUUUCUUUUGUUUGAAGGGGGGUCAUCAGGCGAGGAAAUGUCGCACACGUUUAAGAUGUAUUUUAUGCAGCAAAUCCCAUGUUCCACUUAUGUGUCCUAACCUUUCUACCAGAAAAUUUCCUGAUCUGACAGAUAAACAAAAUGUUGAUAAUACUCCAAAGGACCAAACUUUAAGUAAUUUUACUCACACUCAUGUUUUUAUGCAAACUGUUCGAGUUAAUCUAAAGGGUCCUAAUGGUACUUGUGUUGUGAGAGCCUUAAUUGACAGUGGUUCACAGAGGUCGUAUCUUUUGAAGUCUGUAGCUUCAGCUUUGGGUUUGGAAGCCAAAGGAAGGGAAAAAAUCGUUCAUUGUCUUUUUGGAGGUACUGAAUCAAAUAGUACACACUUUUGUUAUGAUGUUUUAGCAAGUCAUGGAGACUACACUUAUAAUAUGGAAGUUUUAGAUCAGUCGUAUAUUUGCAACGAAAUACCUUCAGCUAUUUUUGGUCCAUGGACUCAGGAAUUAAAGUCUUUAAAUAUUGAAUUAUCUGAUACGGAAGGUAGUGGUCCGAUUGAACUUUUAUUGGGGUUAAAUGUUGCUGAUAUUUUUUAUACAGGGAGGCGUCAUAUAUUACCUAGUGGACUUGUAGCUGUUGAAACAUACUUUGGAUGGACAAUAAUGGGGAAAUCUGCAAAUACAAGCUCAGUGUCACAAGCUAAUAUGACUUGUUUAAGUUUAUUUGUUAAUCCAUCCAUUACUGAACUGUGGGAGUUGGAUGUUUUGGGGAUUCAGGAGCCUAGUGAGAAGAAGUCCAAGGAGCAAUUGGCAUUGGCAGCGAAGGAGUUAUAA